CUGAUAAUUUGCUGCAUAAGGCUGGGUUGAUGACAUCACCUGUAAUUCAUUCUGUCUAGCAGGACAGUGCAGAGUUGGAGAUAUUGUAAAAUAUUACAAGGCUCAGAUUGAUCUUUACAAUUAUAUUUUAUCGGACUUCCAAAUAUAGGAUGAUAUGAAAAUAUUUUAUUAUUGUUAUUAUUGUUGUUGUUAUUUUAUCUCUUGGACAAAUUAAGAUCUAUUUGUUAUGUUUUUGGAGUCAGAAAAAUCUAGAAACAAUAUUUCAAUUUAUGCAGCGCAGUGAAUGCCACCAAAAAGUUUUUGCUGUUCCUUGUUCUAAUUCUAGCUCUUGACAGAAAACACAGUGUUAGUGACAGUGGUAUGUUAACUGGCCUGGCGUCUUGGGGUGAUAUAAUUUCCCAGCAAUGAUUCUGCCACUUGUGGCUUUGAUACAACAUUAUGCUCAAUAUUUAUGUAGUAAACAAGAGGACUCUUCCCUUUCAUAAUUGUAACAUAGCAAGCUAAUAGGAAGUAUAUGAAAGUCUGUUAUUUGUUUCAGAGGACCAUCUAAAACAAAGAUUGUAUUAGAAGAUGGAGAAAUGCAGCAUCAAAAGUGGCUGAAUCUGCACUCAGAUUGGAAGAAUAAGAAUGCUUCCACUUUACAUGCACUUCUAGUGAAUGGGCAGAUGUGCCGAAGCAGAAGCAAAGUGGCUCUCCUUUGCACUAAAGAAGAUUGUGGCCAUCGCCCUGCUGCUCGCAUGAACAAAAGGAUCCUUGGUGGCAGGACCAGUCGUCCAGGCCGAUGGCCAUGGCAGUGCUCUCUGCAGAGCGAGCCAAGUGGACACAUAUGUGGCUGCGUUUUGAUUGCAAAGAGAUGGGUCUUAACAGUGGCACACUGCUUCGAAGGGAGAGAAAAUGCAGCUGUCUGGAAAGUAGUGUUUGGGAUAAGCAAUCUUGAUCAUCCAUCAAGCUUCAUGCAGACCCGACUGGUGAAGUCCAUCAUCUUGCAUCCACGCUACAACAGAGCAGUCGUAGACUACGAUAUCAGCAUUGUACAACUAAAUGAAGAUAUCAAUGAAACGAGCUAUGUAAGACCUGUCUGCUUGCCCAGCAAGGAACAGUUGGUACAGCCAGAUACCUACUGCUACAUCACAGGCUGGGGACACAUGGGCAACAAAAUGCCUUUUAAGCUUCAAGAAGGAGAAGUGCGCAUAAUUUCCUUAGAAAAAUGCCAGUCAUACUUUGACAUGAAGACCAUUACAAGCAGGAUGCUGUGUGCAGGCUAUGAGUCUGGCACCGUAGACUCUUGCAUGGGUGACAGUGGAGGACCACUUGUGUGUGAACAACCUGCAGGACGCUGGACUUUGUUUGGUUUAACAUCUUGGGGCUCUGUCUGCUUUUCCAAAGUUUUGGGACCAGGAGUUUACAGCAAUGUGUCACAUUUUAUUGACUGGAUUGAGAAACAAAUAUAUAUCCACACCUUUCUGCUGAACUAACUCCAGAUGGUAAGAAUUGUGCUGACAAACAGCAGGAAAAUGGAAUCAAACUUCAACACUCUGAAGAUUUUGCAGCCAGAAAUUCUGUGAAAAGGAGUCCCUAGCUCUUUCUAUUCUUGUUGUGGAGCUAUGGGAUAUGCGGUGUAUAUGCUCAUAGUUGACCCUCUGCUGGUGAAUAUACUUUGGGGUAGAAUUAAUAAUCCUUUUUUUUUCUUUUCUUUUAACUCUUGUGGUGCUAUUCCAAGCACAGCGAAAUGCUUAAAAGAAAAGAAACAGUCACUUUCUUCCUUUCGGAUAUUCAAACUAAGCAGUAGCACAGAGUAGAAAAACUUUUUACAUUGGCCUAUUUUAAUACUAUUCGAUUAGUAGCACAUGCAUCUUCUUUCACUGUCACAAGGUGCAGACUCAGUGCAUUCAGAUGACUCUGGCAGGGCACAAAUUCACCAGGGCCAUGCCAAAGGCUGCAGGUGUGGAAAAGGUGGCAGGGCUCGUGCGUUCUUGCAGCGCAGGGCAUGGCGGUAAAGCACAAGUUUGAAGGGGCUGAGUAAACACCGUCUGUCCCUCAGAGUGGCCAGCAUGACUAGGACACUGCAGCAUACUGACUCUACUGUUUUGUUCUGGGGGCCAGCUGGUGUACCUCUUCAGGGAGCAGUGUGGCACUAGUAGGCCAACAGACCCAUAAUACUAUUUGAGGCACCUGAAACCAAAGUUUUGUUUAUCAGCCUCUUUGGAUCAUUUUUCCCAAGUUUCUACCACUUUAGUUUUCUAAAACUUCUGUGUCUCACAGUGUCCAGAAAUGCCCACUUCCUGACAGCACUACACAGAGUAGCGCAUUUAUUAAAACUGUGCCCCACUAGCUUCUCUAUCCCAUUUUUAAAAUUUAUUUAUAGUGUUCAGUCUAUAAU